AUGGGUCAAACUGUGUCAUGGCUAUCCAGCUGGGUCUGGGCUAAGAAGGAGAUCCGGAUUUUGAUUCUCGGCCUGGACAAUGCCGGCAAGACAACACUACUCUACAGACUGAAGAUCGGCGAAGUGGUAACGACGAUACCCACGAUCGGAUUCAACGUCGAGUCCGUGACAUACGGGAAGCUCAACUUCAACGUUUGGGAUCUGGGCGGCCAAACAAGUAUCCGGCCCUACUGGAGGUGUUACUAUGCCAACACGGCGGCUGUCAUUUUCGUCGUCGACUCGACCGAUAUCGAGCGUCUCCAGACAGCCGCUGACGAACUCGCGGCGAUGCUGAACGAGGACGAGUUGAAGGAUGCCGCCCUACUGGUGUUCGCCAACAAGCAAGACCAACCGGGGGCAAAGGGCGCUGCCGACAUUUCGCAAGCGCUCCGUCUCGGGGAAUUACGGGACAGAAAUUGGAGCAUCAUGGCUUGCAGUGCGGUGGAGGGUUCGGGUAUCAAGGAGGGGAUGGACUGGCUGUCGCAAACCGUUGCUCAAGAUUAG